CUGCUGGGCUUCCUGGCCACGCUCACGCUGAUCCCGGCCUUCAAGGAGCACUUCCUCGCCGCGCGGCUCUUCGGCGAAGACCUCAACAAGGCCUUGCGGCGCCCCGUCCCCGAAGCACAGGGCGUGAUCAGCGGGGCUGUGUUCCUGAUCAUCCUCUUCUGUUUCAUCCCCGUGCCCUUCUUGAGGUGCUUCAUGGAGGAGCAGUGCACAGCCUUUCCUCACAACGAGUUUGUGGAGCUCAUCGGUGCACUCCUUGCCAUCUGCUGCAUGAUUUUCCUGGGCUUUGCAGAUGACGUUCUGAACCUGCGCUGGCGCCACAAGCUGCUUCUUCCUACCAUGGCCUCUCUGCCACUGCUCAUGGUUUACUUCACCAACUUUGGGAAUACAACCAUUGUGGUGCCUAAGCCUUUCCGGGUGCUGCUGGGCAUGCACUUGGACCUGGGUAUCCUCUACUACGUGUACAUGGGCAUGCUCGCAGUGUUCUGCACUAACGCCAUCAACAUUCUCGCUGGAAUUAAUGGAAUUGAAGCAGGGCAGUCUCUGGUGAUAGCUGCUUCCAUUAUCAUAUUCAACAUUGUAGAGUUAAAUGGGGAUUACCAAGAUGAUCACAUUUUUUCUCUCUACUUCAUGAUUCCCUUUUUUUUUACCACGCUGGGGCUGAUUUACCACAACUGGUACCCAUCUCGAGUGUUUGUUGGGGACACCUUCUGCUAUUUUGCUGGCAUGACCUUCGCCGUGGUGGGGAUCCUGGGGCACUUCAGCAAAACAAUGCUGCUUUUUUUCAUCCCACAAGUGCUCAACUUCCUCUACUCAUUGCCUCAACUCUUCCACAUCAUUCCUUGUCCCCGUCACCGGCUGCCAAGGCUCAAUCCUAAAACAGGAAAAUUGGAGAUGAGCUACUCCAAAUUCAAAACUAAGAACCUUUCUGCCCUGGGAACAAAUAUUCUGAAGGCAGUCAAGAUCUUGCACAUAGUAGAUGUGAGAAGUGGAAUGGAUGAAGAUGGCGAAUACACCGAGUGCAAUAAUAUGACGCUUAUUAACUUUGUAAUAAAGCUGAUUGGGCCCAUCCACGAGCAAAAUCUCACUCUCCUGUUGCUAUUCGUUCAGGUCCUGGGCAGCACAAUUGCAUUUUCAAUCCGGUACCAACUAGUACGCUUGUUUUACGACGUCUGA